AUGAAGAGAGAAAGGGGAGCCCCAUCCAGAGCCUUCAGUGCCUUGAGCCUCACUCCUUUUGUCUACCUUCUUCUGAUCCAGACAGAGCCGCUGGAGGGGGUGAACAUCACCAGCCCGGUGCGCCUGAUCCAUGGCACAGUGGGGAAGUCAGCCCUGCUCUCCGUGCAGUAUAGCAGCACGAGCAGUGACAAGCCCGUGGUGAAGUGGCAGCUGAAGCGGGACAAGCCAGUGACCGUGGUACAGUCCAUUGGCACAGAGGUGAUUGGCACCUUACGGCCUGACUACCGAGACCGCAUCCGCCUCUUCGAAAAUGGCUCCCUGCUUCUCAGUGACCUGCAGCUGGCCGAUGAGGGCACCUAUGAGGUUGAGAUCUCCAUCACGGAUGACACGUUCACUGGGGAGAAGACCAUCAACCUCACUGUGGAUGUGCCCAUUUCCAGGCCACAGGUGUUAGUGGCUUCCACCACUGUGCUGGAGCUCAGCGAGGCCUUCACUCUGAACUGCUCGCACGAGAACGGCACCAAGCCCAGCUACACCUGGCUGAAGGAUGGCAAACCCCUCCUCAAUGACUCGAGAAUGCUCCUGUCCCCUGACCACAAGGUGCUCACCAUCACCCGCGUGCUCAUGGAGGACGAUGACCUGUACAGCUGUGUGGUGGAGAACCCCAUCAGCGAGGGCCGCAGCCUGCCCAUCAAGAUCACCGUGUACAGAAGAAGCUCCCUCUACAUCAUCUUGUCCACAGGAGGCAUUUUCCUCCUUGUGACCUUGGUGACAGUCUGUGCCUGCUGGAAACCCUCCAAAAAGAAGAAGAGGAAGCUGGAGAAGCAGAGCUCCCUGGAAUAUAUGGACCAGAACGACGACCGUCUGAAACCAGAAGCGGAUACCCUCCCACGGGGCGGCGAGCAGGAGCGGAAGAACCCCAUGGCUCUGUAUAUCCUGAAAGACAAGGACUCCCCGGAGCCCGAGGAGAACCCCGCCCCGGAGCCUCGGAGCACCACUGAGCCCGGCCCGCCGGGCUACUCCGUGUCGCCGGGAGUACCCGGCCGCUCGCCGGGGCUGCCCAUCCGCUCGGCCCGCCGCUACCCGCGCUCCCCCGCGCGCUCCCCAGCCACCGGCCGGACACACACGUCGCCACCCCGGGCCCCGAGCUCGCCCGGCCGCUCGCGCAGCGCCUCGCGCACACUGCGGACUGCGGGCGUGCACCUGAUCCGCGAGCAAGACGAGGCCAGCCCGGUGGAGAUCAGCGCCUGA